AUCAUAAUGGCUACAAAAUAUAAAAAAAUGUUUGAUAAAACUGAAUUUUCAAAAAUAUUAUUAACAUUGUCUCUAAAAGAGGUGAUUCAAAUAGAAUUUAGAACUAAAAAUGUAAACAAACUAAAUAGACUAGUUGUUUGUACAGACGAAUUGAAGAAAAAGUAUUCAUGCAAUGUUUGCAAAGUUGUUCAAUAUGGAAACAAGAAUUUAAUUAGUCAUCUCCAUGGGAAGAAACAUUUAGCUAAAAUGGAGUCUGUAACCCAAUUAUUUCUUCCUAAAUUCUCUGAGGAAAAUAUUUUAAUAAAUAAAUAUAAUAAUGUUAAAGAAUUACCAGUAUCUAACAAGGUUGAAUGUUCCAGGGAUAAAGAGAAAGCUGGAGAAACACAGAAUCCAUCAGACCCCAUUAAACUAAAUCAGCAACUGCACAAAAAUAAAACUCUAUCUACUGGUAUUGAGGCCAAAAAUAAAGAACCUAAAAUCCCCAAUUUCAAUUUAGGUUCUAAUAAACAUGACAUGACAAACAUGAUUCGAAAAGUAAAAAUAACUAAUAUAGAUAAUAACAGAAAAACAGAUGAAGAUGAUGAUAUUACUGUGAAUUCUGUUUUUCCACAUCAAUUUAAUAAGCAAUUAGUUCAACAAAGUGCAGUAAAGUGCGAAAGUAAUGGCUCAAAUUACUCUGAAAGUAUUGGAGAACCAACAUGCGGAUCCGAAUCCAAAGUAAACUAUACUGAUGUCAAUGCAACCAACGCUGAAACAAUUACAGAAAAAUUGAGCCUGACACCUGAUAUUGGGGGAAAUCCGACACCAUCAACAAGAAAAACAAACAUUUCAUGUGUUCCAAUAUCAAAAUUAAUAGGAAAUUCGAAGGCUGGCUGCUCGGUUCCUACAUCUAUAGUGCCGAUUAGAAUUUCUAAUCGCAAUAAAAGCAAAAAUAAUGAUGAAUUAGACGUAACUAAUCAAUGCCUUGGGACAGGGAAUGUAAAGUCUCAAAACAGCGUAACAUUUGUACCCACAUCAAAUUGUGAUUCUAUUUUUGAUUCGAACUCGACUAUAACUGAAAUCUUGGGACUUCUGGGAGUCGAGUACGUUAUUAAAAUAAUGAGAAAUCUUAAUGAUGGAACAGCUAAAUAUUUUUGUACUUUAUGUAAUAUUACCACUGAUGAGAAAAUAAUGAAUAAUCAUAUACAAAGCUAUACUCAUCGUUUAACAUAUUGUGAAAAACAUUUCCCGACAGCCUUGCGGCAGUAUCGGCAAUACAUUUCACAUAUACCUGAGCACCAUAUUUUUAAAAUAUUGCCUUCAAUAUUAGAAAAACUGGCAAAGGCUAUUGAGAAAUAUCAUGGACGUGAGACAGUUUAUCCUUGUUACGAAUACUCGUUUUCCAAAAAUAAACAACGUAUUAUAUCAACAGUCUUUAAUCGAAAACAUGCCUCAGAAAUGCUAGGACCAGCGUUUACGCAUGUGGUAGAUUUAAAUGAAGUGGAAUUGUUGAUUGAAAAUUCCAGCAAUUAUAAAUUUCCUGCUGAAAAGACUUCUACUAUUAAUAACGACAACCUACUUAAUACUUGUAAUCCCUCUAAUCAUACAAUUAUGAAUCAAAAUGUCGAAGCUAACUUUGCCAGUCAUCCUUUCAAUGAAGAUCAUAGAUUAGAGACUGUCGAUGAUGAAACUCAUAAACGAAUGGUUGAUAUGUUUUUAAGAGAGACUAGACAGAAUCAACGUUCUUGUAGCAGACAACCGUCUAGAACUCCUAAACGUAGUCGAUCAAGAUCUAACUCAAAUGAUCGAAAGCGAAUACGCUCAAAUCGUUUAAUAAUAUCGCAAUGGAAUGUAGAACGUAAGUCAUUGUCCCCAUUAAGAGAUGAUGAUGUUUGGCAAGCUUAUAGACAUUUGGUUGACCACAAUGUUCGUGAUUUAAAUACAAAAUAUGAUUUAUAUAAAUCAGAUCCCGAAGAGCACCCUAUGUAUAAGGAAGAGUGGCAAAAUUUCUGGAAGCGGCGUAAAGAUGAACUUAUAGCCGCUGGCAUAAAUCAUAGAUCAUAUAAUUUUCAAAAUGAAUGGAUACUAUUUUUUAACUCUCGCUUGGAGGAACUGUAUAAUCGGGAUAUCGAAAAUAUCAAAAUCAAAUGCCGCGAAAGGUUAUGUUUGCCAAUGACUAACGACGACUUAUCAAACUCUAAAUACCACGUUCACACUCCCGAAAAUCUAUUGAAAUGCGAAGAAUCCAUAAAAAACGAUGAUAGCAAGAGAAAUAUAAAUAUUAUCCAUGUACUUCGCCUUUUAACUGCACUAGAGGGACAUUUGGGAAGUUUAGGACCUAGCAUCACUGCAUUAUUAGCUAAAGCACUGCAAAUUUGUAAAUUAAAUCCAGAAAAAGCAAAUACAUCACUACUUACAGGUGAAAACUGUGCUAUCCUAGAAACAGCAAAAGAAAAAUUUACGGGUCUUAUAAUUUCAAAAAUGUUAGAUCUAACUCAAGAACGCGCUUUAAGAAAGGCAAUUAAUGCUACUGAAGAAUUACUGGAGCAUUCAAAAACACUACAGCUAGAAUUAGAAACCAACAAAACAGAGCUCAAUAGAAAUAUACAUGAAAAUGAAACCCCUAGCAGGGUUGCUAAUAUGCUAUAUCCUAACCAGGAUCGGCUAGAUACAACUGAGCUCGCUUCUAAACUGGCUACUUCUUUAAUCUCUCAAGGAAAAACAAGUAUAAAUCAAGAACAGCUUGAACAAAUUGUUCAAUUUUAUUCUAUUAUGGAGAAAAGAAAACAACAAGGUUCAACCCCGUCAAGUAAUUCUGUUAAUAAUGUAGAAAAUUAUUCAACAAAUGUUUCUAUAAAUAAACAAAAUAUACAUCACAAUAAUCCGUUAUCUGAGGAAGAGAUCAGUAACUUAAAUACAUCUACAGACAUGAGUGAAAAUUAUGAGCUUUUAAGUUACAACUACGAUCCAAUAUCUGCAUUGACACGCAGUAAACAUAAUAUGAAACUUAGUGAAAAUGACGAAUCUGUAAAUAUGGCUCGAGCAAAUAAAUUCAAUAUUAAACAAACUGAAAAAAAUGAAAUCUUACACAAUGGGCGAGAAUCACAGUACAGACGAAAUGAACGUGAUCAACUCAACAACAGAGAUUCGACAAUUCAUAAUAAUUAUGAAUUUAGAAAGAAAAUAAGGCAAUCGUAUUUUUAUAAGGAAAACAAUAAUUAA